AUGGCUACACUACUUGAGCAUUUCUCUACCAUCGCACUCAUCGGUGCCUGUCUUGUUAUCCCGACAGAUGGACUUCCCGCUGAUCAUCACACAACAAGACCCGAGCCCCGGGCCCUCGAAGUCACGAACGCGGGGAACCUCAAACAGCACAUUGAAGUUUACGGCAUACCAUAUGGGGUUCUCGGCGCCGUCUCGCAUGGCCUGACCUUUUAUGUUAUCCUCUGCCACUUCUUCGGAGUACGACCUUUACUUCCAUGGAUGGCACUGAAAGCACAAGCCUGGAAUAUCGCAGCAGUCACGGUCUCAUCGCUCGUCUCAAUCAUCCUUUCUGGCCUUACGAUGGCCCGCACACGAGGCUCCCGCCCACUGCUAAUCCUUGCGGGGAUGCAGAUCGUACUUCAUGUUUUGGUAGAUAUCAUCCAUAUACAUUGCAUGCUAGGCGGCCGGAGUAACGCGGUAUCUAUCUGGGGGGUUCCGCUUCUCAUCGUAUCGUUCUUCUCUCUAUAUGCUUUCUACCAAUUCCCUUUCGGAGACGAAGAGGGUAAAGUAGGAUCCCUCUGGGGCUCUGCUGUUUUUAUUGUUUUGAUUGCAUGGAUUGGGUUGACGGGUCUCGCGACCUUGGUUAGUUUCUUUGCAUACAUAUUCUCUUUAUUCAGAGAACCUUUUGCUUUCUUUACUACAGCAGCUCUACUUAGUUGUGCGCUCUUUUGGUUUGGUGAUUUCGCCUUGGCUGUUGUGAGCAAGAGCUUCAUAGGGACGCCAUCGGACCGAAUCAGGAGGCGGACAGCCAAUACCAGAGACUGCUGGGGUUACCGAUUCGAGUGGACGCCUGAACAUCUUACUCCGGAACAAAUGCAACCUAUGAAGUUUUCGUAUGAUGUUCUGGCAGAAGAAUGUCUUGAUCGUUUGAACGCCAUCUCGCCACCGCACAAGGGUGCUUUGCCAAGGAACGAUAGUAAUCGUGUCGCGCUAUCGUCAGUACCGGGCACUGAGGAAGAGAAGAAGGAGCCGUUACCAGUACCUAAGAGAGAUCUCUAUGCUUUACUGGAGGAACAUCAUGAGUCUGAUCCUAAGCUUGCGGAACUGUGGCGCGAGGUACAAACUGUACCAGAAUGGGUCGACUGGGAACAGAUCGCAAGAGGACAGGAUGUAUUCUACCGUUACGGUGGGCCCGCCCUGACUGGCCUAACAUUUCAGUCGCUGUUAGGUGGAAUGGGCGCUGCGCGAGUGGUCGAGACAUUAGCACGAACUGGAGGCUUCAGCACGAAAGUAGCAAGAGGCAGACUUUUCGAAACCACACAGCAUAUCCUCCAAUGUACACGGACACUAGACGGACUCAAACCGGGUGGAGAAGGCUUCGCGUCAUCGAUACGUGUCCGUUUCCUACAUGCCGCAGUCCGACAACGCAUCAUAAAACUCGCAAAAGAGAGACCCAGCUACUUCAACGUCGAAGAAUGGGGUAUCCCAAUCAACGACCUGGACCAAAUAGCAACUAUCGGCACAUUCUCUUCUACAUUAAUCUACCUCAGCUUUCCUCGCCAAGGCAUAUUCCUACGCAAGCAGGAAAUCGACGACUACCUAGCCCUAUGGCGUUAUAUCGGUUACUUGAUGGGUACACCUGAUGAAUGGCUGUCCACUCCAGCAAAGGCCAAAGUCAUUAUGGAAUCACUCCUCUACCACGAAGUCGACCCCUCCGAAAUGUCCAAAACAAUGGCCAACAACAUCAUCUACGCCCUCAAAGAAGAGCCUCCAACUUUCUCCUCAGCAGACAUGUUGACUGCCAGUGCGCGCUGGCUGAACGGCAACGCCCUCUGCGACCGCCUCGGGUUGAAACGCGUUUCUGCAUACUACUGGUCACUUAUGGCGGGUCAAUGUCUCUUUUUCAUCUUCUACUGCUACACGUAUCGACUUUUUCCCGAUGCAGACCGCAGGAGAAUUGAUCGUGCGAAAGACAUCUUCUGGCAAUUGAUAGUGAAGGCGAAAUGGGGGCUGGCGGGUACGGAAACAUCGUUUGACUUCAAGUAUGUACCACAGUACGAUACUUUGACUCAUUUGGGUAAUAUCGGAGAGAGGAAGAAAGUGGCAUUUAGUAAUGAGCUGAGAAAUCUGAAGGCACUGGGAAUUGGAGUAGGCGUGUUGGCUGUAGGAACGUUGGUUGCGGUUAAGAUAGCAGACUUGUCUACACCAAGUACAGGAUCUUCGUCCGUUACCAUUGUCGUCGACAGCGACUUGUGUCAUCGAAAGCGACAAAGGCGAGAAGACAGUGUAUUCCCUCAAGCUAGUGGGACGGGUCUCUCGCGAUCGAAGUCUCUAACGUACACGGACAGCAAGCUCAUGGCUAGGAAGCAUGUUGGGCAGAAGCAAGAUAGCGCGCAGGUAAACACACAGGCGCGAGAGAGUGGCUGGGUGAAAAGGAAGAAGGCGAAGGCGCUGAUGCGAAUCUUGGUCGACUACGACUUACCUACUGGUGCUGAGCGGUUGGAUUGGGACACAGAUGAAGUCCGUAGGAUGGUGGGCGAGAUUGCAUAG